UUUUUGUUUGUUUUUAUUUACAAUACGAUACGACGUCCGACAAUUCCAAAUGUUCAAAAUAUCGAACGGUAACGAGUAACGAAAUUUGUUUAUCAACUUAUUUACAGAAUUUUUAAGACCUUACCUAUCUUUGUAUUGUAUUUUAUAUUUUAAAAAACUUAAUAAUAGUAAAGUAGUACUUAUCACAUCAAGAAUUUUGGAAUAACAUAUGUUGUAGUCUCAUAAUGGAAGGUGCAUAUAGUGACAGAUAUUCGUUUAUAGGAGAAUGGUAUGACAAUCAAGCAAGUUUAAUUCGACGUUUUAAUAUUUUCUACUUUCCCACUGAUGAUACCCUAGAAAUGUAUGAUUUGAAAAUUAGAAAAAUCUUUGUUCGUAGAGUAAAAGUGGAUGGAAUAAAAUUAGAAAAUUUUUAUAUUGGUGCUACAUUGUAUAUUCUAGGACGUUUAAUUAAAAUUAUUGACUUUGCUUGUGAGGAUACAAAAAGAAGGCUUCAAAAGGAUAUGCAAGUAGCUUUCUGUAUAAUUAAGCCAGUACCUUUGAACAUUAUGGGUAAAAUUUUAACAUUUCUCCAUGACCAUAAUCUUCGAGUUACUAAGAUGAAGAUGGCAGAGAUGACUCAUGAUGAUAUCAAUUAUAUUUUUAGGUCUAUGCUAACAGAUCCUACUUUCCCUUUCUUAUCCGAAUUUCUGGGAGGUAAGAUGGUUUGUGGUUUAGAAUUGGUAGGAAAGGAUGCAGUAGCACAUUGUAACCGAGUGGUUGGGGACAAUGACCCAUUGAAAGCAGAACCAGGGACUAUUAGGGCAUUGUAUGGACUUGACCCCGUAAGGAACUGUGUCUAUUGUUCUCCAACAUCAGAAUCUUCAUUUGAGGAUUUGGAAUAUUUUUUCCCUCCACCCCCACUCCGCUCUGUGCGUCUUCGAUUGACAGCUACAUUGUCAAAUUGUACAUUAUGUGUAAUAAAGCCUCAUGCGAUCCGUGAAGGGAAACUAGGAGCAGCAAUAGAAAGGAUCGACGAGGGGGGAUUUAACAUCACAGCUUUGAACAUGUACAUAGUUGAAAAUAUCAAUGCAGCUGAAUUCUAUGAAGUUUACAAAGGAAUUGUCCCAGAAUACAAGUUACUUUUUCCAGGGAAUGGUGGAAGAAUUAUCAAGCGGCCCGUGCGUUGCUAUGGAGAUCGUAUCCAGAGACAAAUCACUAAAUUCAGCCGUCGAAUUCAGAAAAAUUGUCGGGCCUUGCGAUCCAGAAAUUGCAAGGCUGUUGCGUCCAAAUACAAUGCGCGCGCUGUUGGGGAAUACAAAAGUUCAGAAUGCUGUUCAUUGCAGUGAUUUACCAGAGGACGGCCUACUAGAGGUCGAGUAUUUCUUUAAAAUAUUAGAUUUAUAAUAUUUAUAUUACUCAAUCUCAAUCUGAUAUUUUAUUAUGUUAUCUAUUUAAGCACUAGGUAAAUAUAAAAUUUUGAUUUGUAAAACUUGUGUGAUGAAAUAAAGUUUUUUUUUCUGCAAAAUUAAUUUCAUUGAUACGAUACCUAGUUUUCGAAAUUGAAAUAAAACUAGGCAGUACCUAUGCGUUAACAGCCACCAUGUUUGCCUAAAAGUUGGUAAUAAAUUGAAAAAUCUA